UCGAACAUCAUGAUUUCCUGUAUCAACAAACUAUUGUAUCCGACUGCAGCCACUGUGGCUGCAGCAUCGGCCGCAGCAACACUGGCCUCAUCGAGCGGUGCUCCCAGUGAAACACAAAGUGAAAUAUCAUCGGUGGAUAGCGAUUGGAGUGACAUACGAGCGAUAGCAUUGAAAUUGGGUGUUUCGAAUCCCGAUGAUUUACAUACGGAACGUUUCAAAGUUGAUCGACAGAAAUUGGAGCAAAUGAUAAAAGCUGAUAGCUCCAUAGAGGGUAUGAAUGGAGCUGAGUAUUUUUUCGAAAGCGUUAUGAAAACUACUGAAACAUAUAUAAGCUGGCCUUGUAGACUUAAAAUUGGAGCAAAGAGUAAAAAGGAUCCUCAUGUACGCAUUGUGGGUAAAGCCGAGGAAGUAGCUAAAGCUAAAGAACGCAUUUUAGCUAGUUUAGACUCAAGAGGCACCCGUGUUAUUAUGAAAAUGGAUGUCUCUUAUACCGAUCACUCCUAUAUUAUAGGACGUGGUGGCAACAAUAUAAAACGCAUAAUGGAAGAGACCUCUACACAUAUACAUUUUCCCGAUUCGAAUCGUUCGAAUCCAACGGAAAAAUCAAAUCAAGUUUCUUUAUGCGGUUCACUGGAGGGUGUAGAAAAAGCCAGAUCAUUGGUACGUUUAUCUACACCAUUAUUGAUAUCAUUUGAAUUGCCGGUAAUGGCAGCAGGACGUCCACAACCGGAUAGGGAUACACCGUAUGUAACGAUGGUCGAGCAGAAAUAUAAUGUGCAGGUCAUUUUCUCAUCUCGUCCGAAAUUACACUCAUCCCUGGUUUUGGUUAAGGGCUCAGAAAAAGAAGCUGGGCACGUUCAAGAAGCUACACAAACGUUGAUAAAUUUUUCAUGUGAAAAUAUUGCGAGCCAAAUUUUAGUUAAUAUGCAAUUGGAGAUAUCACCACAACAUCACGAAAUUGUUAAAGGAAAAAAUAAUACCAAUCUACUGAGUAUUAUGGAGCGCACAAACACUAAGAUAAUAUUUCCCGAUCUAUCUGAUAUGAAUGUUAAACCAUUGAAAAAAUCUCAAGUGACUAUAACAGGGACCAUAGAAGGUGUCUAUAAGGCACGACAACAAUUACUUGGUAAUUUACCGAUUGCCUUAAUAUUUGACUUUCCCGACAAUCAAAACGAUGCCUCUGAAAUAAUGAGCCUUAGCACUAAAUAUGGCGUUUAUAUAACAUUGCGCCAGAAGCAAAGACAAAGCACUUUGGCCAUUGUUAUUAAAGGAGUCGAAAAGUUUAUAGACAAAAUCUACGAAGCCCGUCAAGAGAUUUUACGUUUGACAACACCCCUGAUUAAGCCGGAAAUACCGGAACGAUAUUUUAUGCCACAGGACAAAGAUUACAAUUUGGCCUAUCGCACCACACUGACAGCAUUAUUGGCUGGCUAUAACGAAAGUCCCAAGACUCCAAAUGUAAUGCCGGCCACAACCGGACACAUAUCAUUGUCGCCCUAUGGCAACAAUAACAAUUUGUUGCUUAACAAUAACAACAACAAUAAUAAUCUUUUGAACAACAACAAUAAUAACAAUGCCAACUUAAAUCAGUUGAAUCGACAACAAUUCGGUGGUCUCUAUCCCACCACACCGACAGGCAUUUGUUCGCCAACGCAAAAAUAUUUGCAGAUACAUAAUAGCAAUUAUGCUAGGCAGCAGCAGCAACAACAACAGCAGCAGAUUCAACCUCAGCAGCAGCCACCACAUCUGCAACAUCAACAUCACAACAAUAAUUAUUUACAGGUACUGCAGCAGCAACAACAACAGCAGCAACAUCACCAUCAUCAUCAACAACAGCAGCAGCAACAACAAAUUCAACAAACACAAAUGCAGCCACCAAAUCAUAUGAUCCAGGCACAGCAACAACAACACGUGCCACAAACUCAUAACAUAUCACCACGCAAUAGCUGCAGCAACAACACCAGUGGCUAUCAAAGUUUCAGCAGUAGUACAACAUCAUUGGAACAGGCCUAUCCACCAUUUGGUAAUGCUUUGGGUGUUAACACCAACAAUGGAGUCAAUGGGCCAUCUCUGCUUAACGGAAAUCGACCCUCACCAUUCUCACCCGAUUCAAAUUAUAGCAGUGAGGCAGGUUGCAGUCGUUUGGGCCGGCGAUCCAGUGAUGGUGUUCUAUUGGGUUUGGGCGCUUCAGGACCGAUUGGACCUAUGGUACCCGGUAGCGCUGAAAGUUAUCGUAACUCUCACUAUGACUUGAAGCACAAUCGUACUUUUGAUUUUGACAUUAAGCGCGCCAUGGGUUUCAAGGCCAUGGAACGUCCACCAGUUGCUGGAGAAUUACGCACACCCACACCCAGCUGGAUGGGUAUGGGUUUAAGUCGCACUUCACCAGUUCCAAUGGAAACAGUUGAUGAUCUAUCACCGUGGCAUCGUGGACCAACUGGUUUGGGUGUAGGGGGUGGAGCUGGACCUCUGGUCUCACCUUAUGGGUUGGGUUCAACAACGGGUAUUGUUGACUCAACGCCAACAAAUCGCCGACUUCAAUUGACCCAAUACAAGGAUAUACAUUCCUUGUUGACAUCUCUGGGUUUGGAACAUUACAUCAAAAUUUUCGUUUUAAACGAAAUCGAUUUGGAAAUGUUUAUGACCCUUACGGAGGAGAAUCUUAUGGAAUUGGGUAUAACAGCCUUUGGAGCACGCAAGAAAAUGCUGGUUGCCAUACACACCUUGCAGGCCAACGAGGCAACCACUUCAACGAUGCCGCAAACAUCAUCGAAUGCAUCAUCACCACGAUUUUCAGGUUCGGCUGCACCUGGGGCUGAACGUAGACCCUCAAAUCAGUGGUAA